CUCGAGCUCCGCCCACCUCCUUCCGCGCCAGGACUUUGCAUCGCUCGCCCUGCCCAAGCUCCGCCCACCAGAACCUGCCCAGCCAAUCCAGGGCCGCCCGAGUCCAGCCACUGACAACAACUCUCUUCAUUCCCAGCUCCACCCUCCCGGAACCUGCCACGGGCCUCUCGAGCUUCUGCGCGGGAUCUUGCGCUUUCAGCCACUCAGGCUCCGCCCACCCUGCCCCAGGCCCCAUCACCCGGGGGCGCCACCGGCGGCCUGGGGCUCCUCCCAGUCCGCCCAGCGAACCAGCGCUGCGUGUGGUGCGCCGGCUCCUCCUCCGAAGCCCGCCGGCAGGGCCGGUCUGUUUCGUACGCCUCUGGCCCGUGCCCAGGCCCGCCAUGGAAGGGGACGCCCCCGUCGCCGCAGCCGCCCACUACCAGCCGGCCAGCCCCCCGCGGGACGCCUGUGUCUACAACAGCUGCUACUGUGAAGAAAAUAUUUGGAAGCUCUGUGAAUACAUCAAAAACCAUGACCAGUAUCCUUUAGAAGAGUGUUACGCUGUCUUCAUAUCUAAUGAGAGGAAGAUGAUACCUAUCUGGAAGCAGCAGGCAAGACCCGGAGAUGGACCUGUCAUCUGGGAUUACCAUGUUGUCUUGCUUCAUGUUUCAAGCGGAGGACAGAGCUUCAUAUAUGACCUUGACACUGUCCUGCCAUUCCCCUGCCCCUUUGACACAUACGUGGAAGAUGCCUUUAAGUCUGACGAGGACAUCCAUCCACAGUUCAGAAGGAAAUUUAGAGUGAUCCGUGCAGACUCGUAUCUGAAGAACUUUGCUUCUGACCGAUCUCACAUGAAAGACUCCAGUGGGAACUGGAGAGAGCCUCCCCCGUCGUAUCCCUGCAUCGAGACUGGAGAUUCCAAGAUGAACCUGAAUGAUUUUAUCAGCAUGGAUCCUGAGGUCGGAUGGGGAGCCGUCUACUCGCUGUCUGAGUUUGUACAUCGGUUUAGCAGCCAGAACUACUGAACUUGACCUCGGGAUGUGGUGCUGUAGAGAAACACUAGAACCUGAACCAUCCACCCCUUCAUCUGAGACAGCAAACAUUAUGGUACAUUUGGCUUGGAAUUAUGCUUUCCCCUUUUAAUUCAGUUGAGUUGAAAAAAAUAAAUAGAAACCAUUUUUUCGAUAUGUCAGGUUGAAACUUGAUGUAGUUGCUCAGAUAUUCCUACUGUUCAUUUGUUAAAACCUGUGAAGACUUAUGCCAGUAAUUGCUUUUGUUUUGAUGUUGAUACAUGGACUUUGUGUCUCUUUUGGAUGUAUCAUGUCUCUCUAGUUCCACGGUAAGCUCCUUGAGGGCAGGGCCGUGGCCCAUUGCUUUGUGAAUCUCUGAUGCCCAUAAAAUGUUUGCUUGUAACUGUGCUGCUGCUUGAAGAGGGCUGCCAUUGUGGGCUGAAUCAGCAAUAAAUGUUAGUCUUUUGGGACCAUUAUGUUCUUAGAAAAGUUUGCAGCCCUUUCAGGCUUAAGUGUUCUUUGGCCUAUUUAUAUGUUUUUAAAUAAAAUUGCGUAAAUUAA